AUGGAUAGCCAGAGCACACCUAUUUCCAACGGCACCUCCCAACGUCGCAAGCUCACCAAGAAGCCUCCCUCCCACUACCAUACCCGCUCGUCUAGCGGUCUCGAUGGUGGCAUCGACGCCCAAUCUCUCCAGAGCAAACGCAGCUCUACCAGUUUGAGGCGCGCUCCCUCUGCUCCACCCGCGCGGACGACCCCCUCAAACGCUGCUUCAGCUCACAGUUCUCCCCGUCAUCUUCCCUCAAGUCAGACGCACCUUCCCAAUCCUUCCCCCAUUCUGCCUCAGGGUCAGUUCGCCGCCAUCGCUCCUUCCCCAAGUGCCUACCACAACCCCCAGGCCCAGCCCUCCACCUUCAACGCCGUCCACGCCUUCCCUCACCACCAGAACUUUAGUCACCAAAACAACAAUCACCACCACUUCCCAAACAACAACACCAACAACAACCACAGCACCAGCAGCCCUGUCGGUAUCGGUGUUGGUGUUGGUAUCGGUCUCGCACACACCAGCAAUUCUCCCGCCGACAUCUCCAACGCGCCUCUCUCGUCGCAACCCCACGACGAAUUUAUUGGCGCUCCCUUCGACGGUGCUGCGGUUCUGAACCGUAUCGAGCAGACAAAAUCCCCUGUUGCCGCAGCUCAACCUCUACCUCUGCCGCACCCUUACGGCCAACAAGGUGCAGCUUACCAGCGCCAGAACGCACCAACGCCUCUGCUCAAGUCCGCUACCGACACACGCGUCAACAGGAGCCCCAGACUUCGACAAUCCCAGAGCUUCACGAACGAUUCCGCAAUGAUGAAUGAAAAAUCACAAGGUGGUCGGGGGGCGGAGAACUCGGUCAUCAGCCCCAAGAGAUAUUCAGACGAGGCAAAGGAGCCCCGGAUGGGUGUUCUGCGCAAGAAGUCGGGCUUUUCUGGCUUCAUGAACAGUCUGGUUGGCACACCAAAGAAGCCAGUCAUCUCGGCGCCUGAGAACCCCGUUCACGUCACUCAUGUCGGCUACGACAGCUCUACCGGUCAAUUUACCGGUCUUCCGAAAGAAUGGCAGAGAUUGAUCAACGAAAGUGGAAUUCCCGAGAAGGAACGCAGGGAGAACCCCCAAACCAUGGUUGACAUCAUCACAUUCUACAAGGAAACGACGGAAAAGCCAGCCGAGGAUCAGGUCUUGGAGAAGUUCCACGAUGCAAGAGCUCCUGAUUACCGUCAAUAUGCAAAUGCAGGCAACUCGCCGUCGGGUGCCAUGUCGCCGGGCAUGUAUCCGCCAACAAGUUAUAUGGGUAUGUCUCCGAUGAUCAGUCCACCUGCGAGCCCUAGGUUUCCAACUGUCAAUCAUGAAGGAUCUUUUGAGAACCCCCGCCAGCCACCUCCCGUUCCCGGGGUAGGAGGCACCAAAGGCCCCGGCAAGGAUGUAAACCUCAUGCCCAGUCGCCCGGCCCCGAAGCCCCCCGUUAGCCUCCCGAUGAGGUCCGCUCCCUCGCCCUACCCCGCCAAGGACUCCGGCAUUGGAAUGUCUCAGCCCGGCGAGGACUUGCCCCCGGUCGCAUACCAACCGCCCAAGGAGAACGUUCCUAUGCUUCCCGAAGAGCACCGUGGAGAGCACCGAUCACGAUCCCGAUCCAACUCGCGUGUCAAUGGCGCCGCACCCGGUUACGUUCCCCCCACACCUAACCCCCAAAAUGCGCAGGCGAACAUUUACCAGCAACAGCUCAUGCAACAGCAGCAGGAGCAGGCCCUAGCUCAGGCCCAAGCUGCCAUGACUGGCCAGAUUGGCCGCGCUCCCAGCAAGAGACAGCCCGCCCAGCAACCGACCCCUCCUCAGUCGCAGCACCAGUAUGCCCAAGGUCCCACCAACGGCGGUCCCGGCCAGCGACAGCAGGUUGGCGUUCCCGGCGCCCCAGGCUCCAGACCCCGACACCGUCCCAGACAAAGUACCGGUAUUGAUGUUGUUGCUGCACUCAAGCGCAUUUGCUCAGACGGCGAUCCUCGUGAAGUGUACAAGAAUUUCAAUAAAAUUGGUCAGGGCGCCUCUGGUGGCGUCUACACUGGAUACGAGCGAGGUACCAACCGUCUGGUGGCCAUUAAGCAAAUGAAUCUGGAGCAGCAACCGAAGAAAGACCUGAUCAUCAACGAAAUCCUAGUCAUGAAGGACAGCUCGCACCCCAACAUUGUUAACUUCAUCGACAGCUACCUUUGUGGAGGCGAACUCUGGGUCGUCAUGGAGUUCAUGGAGGGCGGCAGCCUCACUGACGUUGUGACCUUCAACAUCAUGACCGAGGGACAGAUUGCUUCCGUUUGCCGGGAGACGCUGAAGGGCCUGCAACACCUGCACUCUAAGGGAGUGAUUCACCGUGAUAUCAAGUCCGAUAACAUUCUCCUGUCGAUGGAAGGAAACAUCAAGCUGACCGACUUCGGUUUCUGUGCGACCAUUAAUGAGGCCCAGAACAAGCGCACUACUAUGGUUGGUACGCCUUAUUGGAUGGCCCCUGAAGUUGUUACGCGCAAGGAGUACGGCCGCAAGGUCGAUAUUUGGUCCCUUGGUAUCAUGGCCAUCGAGAUGAUUGAGGGAGAGCCCCCAUACCUGACUGAGUCUCCUCUGAGAGCGUUGUGGUUGAUCGCUACCAACGGUACCCCUCAAAUCAAGGAGGAGGCACAACUGUCACCAGUCUUCCGUGACUUCCUCUACUUUGCGCUCAAGGUCGACCCCGAGAAGAGAGCUAGUGCGCAUGACCUUCUGAGACAUGAGUUCAUGAAGGGAUGUGUUGAUCUCUCUCAGUUGUCGCCCUUGGUGCGCGCCGCCAGAGAAGCUCGCCUCGCAGAAAAGGCUAGGAAAGGGCAGUAG